CCGCCACCGGGCAGCCCAGCGCUUCUGGCGUCACUUUCGGAGAUACAGUGCAGUGACGGCCUAAAAUGAUGCGCAGUGCAUUCCGUUCCCCGGCAGCUAAUCAGAGCCCAGAGGUAAUUCAAUUUGCCAAUCUGCGUCCAGAUAUUUUCAAACAUUCUCGAUCUUCGUCAUCGUCGCAACUUCAAUUUCUUUCCAACACGAACCUAGCACUUUCUUGCCCCCUUUCUCGCGUGCUUCAAUAGCACACCCUUCUAAACAAUGAAGCUUGUUCCUACGAAGCCGUCGCAAAAUAUUGCCGAGGAUGCAGUUACCCUCAUGCCCGAAGAUUCUGAGGAUAUGUGGCAUGCCUACAACCUCAUCACACCUGGCGACCUCGUCAUGGCGCAUGCCGUGAGGAAAGUUGUCGCCGAAACGAAAACCGGCAGCACCAUUUCCGAACGAGUCCACACCGUCCUUGCGAUCCAAGUCAAGAGCACAUUCUUCGAUCCCAUUGUCGGCCAGCUCCAAGUCAGCGGCGUAGUCAAAUCGGAAAAUGCGUACGUCAGUCUGGGUCAAUAUCACACGCUUGACCUCGAGGUCUCUCGCCCCUUCACGUUGAGCAAGCCGCAGGGCUGGGACUCGGUCGCCAAAGACACAUUAUCAGAGAGUCUGUCGGACGACAAAGAUGGCGCAAUGGCUGCCGUCGUCAUGCAGGAGGGCAUUGCCAACAUCUGCCUCAUCAGCCAAUUCCGCACCGUCGUCAAGCAGCGAAUCGAAAGCGUCAUACCCAAAAAGCGAAGCGCCGCGACCGAAACCUCACAGGGCAUGACCCGCUUCUACGAAAAGACGCUGACCGCCCUUCUCCGAACCGUCAAUUUUGACACUCCGAGACCCCUGCUCCUCGCCAGUCCUGGGUUCACCGCGGCCGAUUUCAAAAAGUACAUUGCGGACGAGGGGAGGGACAAAUCAGACAAGAAGCUGUCGGGAAUUGCCAGGGAGGCGGUCGUCAUUCACACAAAUUCGGGCCACGUGCACAGCCUCAACGAGGUUCUCAAGAGCCCUGAGAUGGGCAACAAGCUCAAGGACUUCAAGUUCACCAAGGAGACCAAACUGAUGGAUCAGUUCUUCGAACGGCUUCGACUAGAGGACGGAAGGGCAUGGUACGGAACAACAUCGGUGGCAAAAGCGGUUGCCGAAGGUGCCAUCGGCCCUGGUGGCGGCAUCCUCAUCAUGAACAAUUCGCUAUUCCGCAGUUCGGACAUUCCAACGAGGAAAAAGUACGUCGCCAUGGUUGACAAGGUCAAAGGGGACGGUGGCGAUGUCAGGAUUCUCAGCAGUGACCACGAGAGCGGCAAGCGGCUGGACAUGCUGGGCAGUGUUGCCGCCAUUCUGUCCUACCCCAUCCACGACCUGGACGACGAUGAGGAUGAAGAUAGUGCUGCAGCUAGCGGUGAAGCGGGUGGCGAGUCAAUCAUCUGAUUCGACUGCGGAUACAUAUAUAUGAGUAAAUGAUACCAAACAAGUGCAU